GAAGAGUUAGUUCUCUUAUUCCAGAUCUUUUCUGCUGUUAGCUUCGCUUCAGUUCAUGGUAUUAUUUCUCAGAAACCGCCAGUAUGCCUAGGCCUCAAAUUGUCACUUGGCUUGAAAGAAUGCAAACGGUAGAGAAGGGUGAUCCUCGCAUGAAGUCCCAGGAAAAGCUCCAUGAUCUGGUCUACUGGAAGAGUCGCUCUUACCUGGGACUGGUGGUGUGCCUCAUUCUAGACUCUACCAGAAAGAUGCUCUCAUAUUCUCAAAUAAUAAGUAAAGUGAUGGCCUUUAUGGGAGCUGACCGGAGGAGAAUUGAGAAGCCUGUGAAUGCUUGCUUAUCAUCUUAUAGUUGUUUCAUAAAGAUUCCCAAAAUCCCACUCUGUCCAAGCAGUACUGAUCUCUGGACAGUGGAUAAGAGAAGAAUGGACGCAGUUGUGAGGGACCAUGUCAAAGCAGCGCUAGAACUCUUUCCAGGUUUCUCCUCUAAUGUAAGUGUUAGAUCCUACAAAAGAAAACGCCAUGCUCAGACAUGCUUUACAACCCCUGUGGCUACGAGACAAUCUCCCCCAGAACUUAAGCUCUUCCUCAAAAGAAGCUCAAUCACCGAAUGGCAAACUGUACCACCACAGCCGGCCAGUACUAACAAUGCUCUCCGUGCCUGGCCUAAACCAGCACCGAGGCCUUCAGUUCAGCACAGUAACAAUUCCAAUUCUGCUGAAUCCUUCAUGAGGUGGACCUCAGCUGGACCUCAACUCCUUCUUCCAGCGAUGUAUCCUUUCUUUUGGGGAGCACAGACUCGACAGUUAUCAGUGCAAGGAUGCGGGAGGGCUUGCUGAGACUGAGACUGCUCUUUUAGCUGUUGUAGCACAUUUUAUAGUGAUCUGUAAUCAUGUCUAUUAGAGGGUUAUGGGGUAAAAAAAAAAGAAAAAAGGAUGUCGCCUUUUUAAGGAUUAUCAUGUACUAAAACAAAAUGUUGGACAAACUAACAGGAUUUAAAUGUUAAAUUUCAGUGUUUUUGGUGUGCUGUAUAUUCAGUGUGUGUAUAUACUGUGUUUUUGGUGUGCUGUAUAUUCAGUGUGUGUAUAUACUGUGUUUUUGGUGUGCUGUAUAUUCAGUGUGUGUAUAUAUUGUGUGAUAUUUGCUGUGGUUUGUACUAAUGAUUAACUGUAAAUUGAGGAUAUUGGUUGCAUUUGUGUCUUUAACUGUUUGUUUGUCUAAUUUUAAUAAAUUAUUACUUUACUAAA